UGGCCUGAAAAGGAUCAAGGAUCGAGAAGGAUUCCACAGCCAAAAUGGCGUUGAGGAACGUUGCGAUGAGAGCCUUGUUGCUCCUGGCGGUGGUGAGCGUGGCAUAUGCCGCCAAAGGCAAGGAGAAGAAGAAGGAGAGCGCAGAUGGUCCGGCGGCGUCUGGUCCGGCGGCAUCUGGUCCGGGUGGGGAGUACGACAUCACCAAGCUCGGCGCCAAGCCCGACGGCACAACGGACUGCACCGAGGCGGUGGAGGAGGCAUGGGCUUCGGCAUGCGGUAGCACCGGGAACCCGACCAUCAUCAUCCCCAAGGGUGAUUUCCUGACUGGAGCUCUGAAUUUCACGGGGCCGUGCAAGGGCGACGGACUCACCAUCAAGCUGGAAGGCAACCUGCUAGCUUCCAAUGACCUGGCCAAGUUCAAGUCUAACUGGAUCGAGAUCAUGCGCGUGAAGAAGCUCUCCAUCACUGGCAAAGGCAACAUCGACGGUCAGGGCAAGGCCGUCUGGACCAAAAACAGCUGCCAAAAGAACUACAACUGCAAGAUAUUGCCAAACGUACGUACGCGUGCAUAACAUUAUAUAGUAAUAAAUUACAUAUACGUGCGUAUAUUUCUUUUACUAUUAUUGAAGAAAUGCUGUUAUAUUCUUACUAUUAUUGGUGAAGUUGAGGGGCAGUUGUAAGUGGACCAAUCCUGUAGGUUUGGCCAGGGACACGUAACAGGCUUCAGCUUCACCAAACUAUACCCCUCGGAGUGCAUUGACUGUAUGGAUUUUCUGAAUAGAGCGUUAGGAACUUGCAAUAAGUAUUUGAUUUGUUCAUGAAUAAUGUUGAGUUUGAGAUGUUUAUGUGUUUCCACUUUUAUCCAUAUUGCUAGCCUCUCAAGUAUUGAGCAUUGCUUAAUUACUCUCACCUUGAGACAUGGUGCAUGCUUCGUUGAUACAUCCAAACCCUAUCGGAAAUCUUCCUUAAGUUCUCCUACACAUAAACACCUAUCUUACACACAACAACCAUCAUACCUACAUAUCAUGACAUUUCCAUGUCAUUCUGAGAUACAUAGUCAUGCGGCAUCCAUCAUUACAUUACAUGAUAGGACUAAUGUGAUUCUUAACUAUCAUUUGCCUUGCAUGAUCAUAUAAAUAUGACAUGAUAUUGAUUUGGCAAGACCAUUGUUCUUUAUUUCUUAUAUGCUAUGAUAUACCAUUGCGCAUCCUGGUAUACCGCCGGAGUCAUUCAUUAGAGUUAUGCAUCUUGUAUAGCAUUGAUUUGAGUUAUGCGUAAAAUAGAAAGUGCAUUGCUCAUAUGUAUGUGUUGGCUCGGAGCCACUUGAUCCAUAUACUUUUGGUGAUUUUGGCUUUUAUUGUCUUGUUGUUUCUUAUGUUGGCAAACCCUGUCGGCAUCAACAAUUUUUUUAUCUUGAGCUUUACUGAGUAUCUCGUUUUCACAUGUAGCCACUCGUUAGCCUUUACUUGCAGAUUCGCUACUCAACAAUGGUCUACUAACUUCCUUGUCGAAAUGCUUACUUCUAGAGGCUUUGGUAAUGAAUGGAUUAGAUGGGUCCUAAGUACUAUUCAAAACUGCUCCUUUUGUGUUAUAGUUAAUGAUUGUAAUGGACCUUGGUUUCACUACAAAAAAAAUACACUUCCGUGAUGAC